CCAUUUAAACGCCAGUAAUUAACGGAAUAAAACCGUAUUAGAUGUGUAAUUCUAAUGGACUAAUUAUGUCAUUUUGCAUGGGAGCAAAUUUAUAAAUAUUUAAAAUUAGUAUGUCUGGUGACAGGAAGCCAAAGUCAGUUAGAUUCUCCGGUAGUGACAGUUACAGUAACUGUGGCUCAAGGAGUCCAGAUGUCACUGAGGUCAGAGAGCGGCCAAACUCAUCAAUACUGAGGAAGAAUAAUAAUCCAAGUCCCCUAAGCCAAGAGUCGGUAGAAUCACAAGAUUCUGUCUUCGAGGACAUCCCGGUGGAUGUGCCAAGGAAAAUAAAUGAUAAAUGUGAUGAAAAAACAGAUAAAACCCGAGCAGAAAAUCUAGCAGAGCGACCUUCUCCCAUUGCUAGUCCACCUAAGGCGUUGAUUGAUAUCAAACCUGAGACGAAGGGCACUCCAGAAAGUAUUUGUCAGUCACAUAUUCCAAGAAGUCCGGACCCAGACCCUACACCAUCAGUCUCAAGCUCUGACACCGAUAGUCAGAAAUCGGAAAAAGAAGCGGUUGAAGAAAAUAAUAUUGAAUAUAGCAAUCAGAUUUAUUCUGAUAGAGACCCUGCCAUAUUGGAACCUAGUUCAUGUAAUGGUACAUAUUUCAUUGAUGUUAUAAGGUACCAGCCUAAAGGAACUAACAGACUGACUAACGAAAGGCUCUCCAACUCCGCAAGUAAUAAACCCAGCGAUUCUGGAUCUUUUCGAAAUAGUUACAAUAACUAUCACGACGCCAGGACUAGCGUAUCUUCUGUAUAUUCGAUAACAAAAGGUGUCAAUUCUAUUAUUAAUAAUAACCGUGAUAUUAGUCUAAUGAGCAAGAUGGAUGUGAAUUCGCAGUUCAACACUUGGACACGACUCCAUGAGAAAGAGGAACUCCAAGAUUUGAACAAUCGCUUUGCCCAUUAUCUUGCUCGAGUGAAGGAACUGCGGGAAAGCAGCUAUAAUGUGGACUCGUCUUCAUUCAUCAGCUCAGUCAAGACUUUGGAGGUUGAGCUUGUCAACAUCAGGAAUAUGUAUGAGAAGGAACUGGACGGUUUAAGAGUCCAACUAGAAGAAGCCUCCAGAGAAAAGAACCAUCACAAAAUGCUGGCUGACAAACACGCGCAAGUCGCACAACAACUUCAAGAUCGUAUGUCGAGUGAGGGUGAAAAAUAUCGCCGCCAACUUGAUGAGUUCAACGGCAUACAGAGAGCGCUAGCGUUGAAGGAGUCUGAAUUACAACAAGCACAGAUGGCCAUCAGAGGACCAAUUGAUGAACUAGAGCAUUUAAAAAGGGAACAUGAAAAUCUGAUGAGGGAGUUCGAUACCUUUAAGAGGAGGUGGGACCACGAGCAACGCAGCCGACAGGAGGCAGAGGACAAGGUAGAACAGUUAAGGAAGCAGUUGGAUUUCCAGAAUCAGGUUAACACGAAGCAAGGGCACGAAAUGAAAGACCGUUUAGGUUUCGCCUCCAACACGAUACUCUCACUUGAAGCAAAGAUACGAGAUCUGAGUAAAACAGAUGACAACCUUGCCGUGAAUCUGCGUCGUGUGCGAGAUGCAGCUGAUGCUGAAUUUAGGAAAUACAAGGAAGAUUCUGAGUUCGAAUUUAAUAAAAGCUUGAGUACUCUGAAGAUACAAAUUGAGCAAGACGGAAAGCAGCUUGAAGAGUAUCAGAAGGAGAAUGCUCGGCUAAAUGUACUCGUUGAUGAGUCUAACUCUAAGCUAGCUCAGGUGCAAGGACAAGUUGCUGGCCUCCUUCAUGAGAAGAACGCAGCGGAGGAAGCUCUGUCUCUAGAGAGGACGAGGGCUGCAGAACAGGUGCGAGGUCUCCAGCGCAAGCUGAACGAGCUCCAUGGCAUGCUGAUUGCAAAGAUGAAAGAGUUUAAUGAGAAUCGAGAAGUGCAGAUUCCUCUCAAGCCGGAGAUUGAAGCUCUACGUAUUCUCUUGGAGGAAGAGGAGAAAAUGCAAUCGGGUAUUAAUUCUACUGGCCAUGCUUCACAGAAUAUGACCAACCAGUCGUCCUACAACAUAUCAACGGUCAAAUCAAGUGCUCCUGUUCCAAGCUAUGGAUACAAGCAACCUACUGGGUUUGUUGGUGGUGUUCUCUACUCUGCUGGGGCUACAGGCUAUGCUCCAGGGCCGCCAAACUACAAACCAUAUCCAUUGUCAGACACUAUGCCGCCUGUACCUCCACCAAACCCAGUGCUUCCACCAGCCCCUCGCAGCCCGCCUCCAUUGCCAACCUUUCAGGAUCGACCAGAGGCCCUCAACCAGGUCCAUUCGGACUUGGCCAAGUUGAAGGUGCUGGAACAGGCAGUACAGGAUGCAGCGGGACAAGUGGAGUAUCCUUACGAUUUCAGAGCUCCUGUUGUCGGCCCUGUGCGAACACGCUCGGCACCAGCGAGACCUAACCAAAGGCUUCCAUUGGUCCCUGUAUCUCUUGGACAAGGCAGAGACUAUUUUGAUGAGAUGUUCAAUGAUCUUAAACGUACGAAUCUGACAAUUGCAGCAUCAGCGGACAAACCAGCGAAACCGUCCAAUAACGUUGAACAACCGACGAGUUCAACGUCUCAUGAUUUCACUACCGCUACAUCAAGCUACACAGAAGAUAUCCGGGUUUUAGAAGUUCAUCCAAAGGGCAAAUACGUUCGGUUAGAAAAUGUAAACAAAGACAAGGAGUAUGAAAUAGGAGAAUUUAUGCUUCAGCAGAAUGUAGGAGGGCAUACUGUUGCUGUCUAUCGUUUUCCACGAAGGACGAAGUUUGCUCCAUCUAGCACAGUAACGAUAUGGUCAGGUACCAAUGACCCAAUCAUGCAUCAGCCUCCUACUGACUUUGUCUUCCAAGAGCAACAGAGAUGGGGUACAGGACCAGAGUGCACAACCAUUCUUAGCAAACCAAAUGGACAGGCAAUUUCGUGGAUGACAGCGGCCCAUAGAUUUACAAAAGAUGCAUAUGAGGCUCAGUCAGCUAUGUCUUCAGGUGGUGGAGACAUUGGCGAUGAUGAAGCAUUACCAGAGUUGCCUGUGGAACAGAAGCAUGAUCAGGUCUACCUCAGAAGGGAGAAAAUGGAGCCUCCCUGCCUCGUGGCAAAUCGCCACCCUCACGGAUUAGAGACUGGUGACCAGGCCCACCCUAGCACGGGCCAACCACGUCCCCUAUCGAUGGGCAAUGACAACAGUACAUUUAGCCGACAGACAAGAUCUCAAUCUCACCGACCUGAUCCUGUUCCUGGUCAGCCCUAUGCUGGCGCAGCCGGACAAAGAAUGGGGAGUGCUCCUUUAAAGAAAUACAUGGCAACGAAUUCCACGUUGAGAGGAAACGGAGCACUUGCCAAUAAAUCGGAAGUGAAUUUAAGAUGUAGUGCACCUCCCCCAAGCUCAUUCAUGAAACCAUCUGUGAAGUUUAACAGCGGGAGACACCAAGUGGCCUCAAUGCAUGAUGUAGACCACCAUCCUCCGAUGCCUCGACCUCCACUCUUCUCAUCCUGGUAGAACUUGGACCCAGCAAAGGAUGAAGUAACGCCAGAAAUGGCAUUACAUUUGAAUGUCUUCUUGGUCAUGUGGUGUUGUAAUAAUAAAAUUGAAAGUGGAAUAUGCCAAUCUUUACCGCAUUGGUGCCAAAUACUAACUAAUGCUCUUACUAUGUGUUACUCAAAUAAUGUCAUCGUAGUUCAUUUCUAUGUUCUUUUAAUAUCAAGAAUAUUUCAUAGAGUGUGAGGCAAUUGCUUUUGCUGCAAUCACUAUACGCUUAGUACAACUGUCACCUAUCUGGCAAGGUUCAACUUCGCUUCAUUCAUGAACAAACAAUUACACACAACAAGCCUUCUAAAGCAUUACAAAUGUCUAUUUUUAUACAUUUAUACUUGCUAUUUCAUAUCGUUGCUGCUAGUGCCGAAGUGAUAUUUUUAACUCUUGGAAGAAAUUUCGAUUGCCUUCAGCUACACCUAAAACGAUCAAUUGGUUCCCGGUACACGGACAGUUAGAUGUUUGAACAAAACUACCUUUAAAAUGUGAACUGCAAUUAAAAAAAGUUUGUCAUUCGAACAGUACACUGGUGAAAUUGAGUUCCCUCUGUUCUAUUAUGGCCUCUGCUUUGUUAGUGAGUAGUUUUUGAGAUUUCCAUGUUAAAUGUGGCUAUGUUAAAAACAAGUCAGUUUGUGCUUUUAAGGUUGCUUUAUGGCACAUUAAUAUGUAUGUCUAGUUUGCCUGGUUUAAUUAAGUUAUGUAAUAAUGCAAACAACUUCAAGGUUGUGUUCUGAUUUGAGUUACAGGGCUGUCGCCUAUUUGUGUUUCGUCAUCUUGCUGAGUUUGGCUGCACAAAAUACGGCUGACCAUCUAGCCCAAACACAUUUCCGUUUCUGAACAUGAUGUUUUUGAUAAGAAAACAUAUUUUUUAUGGUUAGAUGUAGGGUAGAUAGCAUAAUUAUAAAGUUGUCCAGCACAACACUACCAAACAAUUAGGCUGUAAUAUAUUAUCAAUCAACUUCGUCCAUUCUGGUGUGAGGAAAGCUGCGGGUGUUUGUAAUCCAAAAUAAUUAAAUUUUGUUUGCAAUAUUUCAAUUAUCUCCCAUUUACUUAUGCAAAUGAGGGUUAUUGACUAGCAGAUAUUGGCUGGAAACUCACAAGUUCUGCCAUUAAGUAGUAUAUGUUGUACCAUGUUCCAAUUACAAUUGACACGUGUCGUGUUAUCUACUUACUUUCAUGAUCGCAGGCAAUGCCCCUGUCUACCUCUUUCCUUUCAUAUAAUGUACCAACGUUGAUGCUAGUAAAUAUCUGUACAUAUGACAUACCAGUAGUGAUUCCGUCCAAUAUGUGUCUGUGGCUUGCAAGUAAAAGGUGUCUUACCUUGCGUACGAUUCUGACAACAAAAUGAACUGCACCAACUCAUCAUAUCCAGUUUCUUGGCUAUACAUUCUUUACUCUUGCAAUACGAAAAGUCAUUAUGCAGCCCUGCAUAUUGAUAUAUGUAUGCGUGAUCCGAUGCAACUAUGAAAAGGGUAGAUCUUUUGAAGUAUGUUUUUAUCAUUUUUGCAUAACUUUAUCAUUGUAAUUUUUAUCUAAAACAAAUAUUGCACCAUUAUGAUAGAAAUAAACGAUAAACUCUA